UCUCCCCGGCUCCCGGCGUCGUCCCGUAGUCCCGGUUCCUCCGCGCACCGCCCAGGCCGCUCGGCCGCCAUGGGGCGGCUGCAGGUGGACCGGGCCUUCCCCCGCUCGCCGCGGGGCGCGCUGAAGAUCGCCCGCACGCUCCUGGCGCUGACCGCCUUCAUCUGCUUCGCGGCCUCGGGCUCGCCCGGCGCCUAUACGGCGCUGGCUGGCAUGGAGACGGUGAUCACCCUCCUGUUCCUGCUGCUCUACCUGCUGAGGCUCGACACGCGGUUGCGGUUCCUCUUCUGGCCGCUGGCUGAUAUUUUCAACUCGGUGAUUGCAGCGUUGUUCCUGCUCGUUGUGGGCUUGUUUGCAAUAAUAAUCAAGACCAACAAGGGAACAUUGGUUGGAGGAGUGUUGGGUCUUAUAUUGCUUGUUCUCUGCAUUGUCGACGUGGUUCUUCUUUGCAAGAAGAUUAGCCAUGAUAAAGCAAGAGGAAGGAGUGCUCCUGCCAAAUAAGAAUGACAUGUUAGUGAAAGAAUGAGUUCUCCAUUCUGUUUUCCCACUCUCUUUUUAAAGAAUGUGUUUUCACGUGCUCACUUUUGAAUUUCCUGAGCACUGACGUUUCUGCAAGUAUCAUUAAUAAGGUUUUGUACUUUUUCAAAUGCAGUUUCAGCAUUGCAAUUUCACCAGUUAAAGUUUCAGAGAAAAUUGUUGCGUUUUUCUAAACUUAAUUAUGUUUUUAUCUGUACGAAAAUUAUUUUCAUGGUUGUCUUCUUUCUCUAAUAAAAAGAAAAUACAAACGGG